ACCACUCAAAAUCAUCUUAAUCUCUACACAAAGAUCCCUCAAUAUAUAUAUACCCCUCAAAAUCAUCUUAAACUCUACACAAAGAGAGAAAGAGAGAAAUGAUGAUGAAGCUUCCAUUUAUCAUACUCACACUUCUCCAAAUGCAUGGGAUCACACAAAUCAAGGAGCAAACCCUAAUCGAAGCCGCAUGCUCAAACACCCCCAAUUUCGACCUCUGCGUCGCCACGCUCCGCGAUUUCCCGCUCAGCGCCACCGCCGACGUGGCGGGGCUCGGGCUGAUUCUGGUCGACGCCGUCAAUUCCAAGGCGGAGGCGGCGAUGUCGGCCGUGGAGGAGCUGAGGCGGCGCCGCGAUCCGGGGAUGAGGGAGGCGCUGGACCAGUGCUGGAUCUCGUACAAGGCGGUGAUCGCCGCGGACGUGCCCGAGGCCGUGGCGGCGCUCACGAAAGGCGUGCCGAAAUUCGCCGAGUCCGGGAUGAGCGACGCCGCGUGGGAGGCGGAGAUUUGCGAGGGAAGCUUCGGGAACACGGCGGCGGCGGCGGCGACGCCGCUUAGCGGCGUGAAUAAGGAGGUUCAUGACUUGGCUGAGGUGGCGGUUGGUGUUAUUAGAAUUUUGCUUUGAGUGUUUUUUAUUUCUUUUGCUUUUUUUAAAUCAUGUACAUGUGAUAAUGAUAAAUAUGUCUUGUUAGUAUUCAAGGUAUUUAUAUGAACAGAUAUAUAGGAUAUAAGUUUAUUUCAAAUAGUGUGCCUGUAAUUUGUAAUAUGUUGAUGAUGAAAAGGGAGCAUAUGUUUUUGCUA